ACGCGUCGCUAUCUUCCGGAAGAGCACGCGCGGCGGCCCACGCUAAGACUUGUGUAUUCGUGACGCACGGGGGAUUGCAAGGCAUCUUCGAGGCCAUCUGCUAUGGCAUCCCCAUGCUCGGCCUGCCACUGUUCGGGGACCAGUUCGAAAACGUGGCCCGCAUGCAAAGCAAGGGUGCAGCACUGGUGCUCAACAUUCACUCCCUCGACGCUGGCUCUCUCGCCUCGUCCAUCUCCACAAUCGUCACCCACAAGAGCAGCUACAAGGAGAAGUCAUCACUUCUCUCGCGUCUGCACCACGACCAGCCGCAGAAGCCCGUGGACAGGGCAGUGUUCUGGGUGGAGUUUGUGAUGCGGCACGGUGCAGAGCACCUGCGAGUGGCGGCUCACCACCUCACCUGGUACCAGGAGGCCGGCUUUGAUGUGGCGGCGUUUCUGCUGGCAGCCAUAGUCCUGGUGACAAGCGUGUUGACUGCGCUCAUCACGAUCUGCUGUCGCUGGCUCUGUAGGGCCAAACACCGUAACGCCACUGUAAGCAAGGAAAUGGCAGCCUCUAAAAAACACAAGUCAUUGUUAUGUUAAACCGAUUUUUCAAACAGCCACGCAUGCUUAAAUCGGACAGUGGGGGCAGCCUUUUGGCAAAUUCCCUUCAAACCAUUUAAUAGAGAAUGCUCUUCCCGAAAAAUGAUGAUUUGUUG